UCAUCGUCCGGAACAGGGCGAGUGGGCGGUAUAUCCGCUCGGCAGUUCUUUAUAAGGUGCCGCUCUGUAGCUCAGCAGCGUUGAACCAGCGCGAUUAGGACUACACAGAUGGAUGCGGUGCUGAAUUUCGCAGCCGAAGGCGGAGACGAUUAUUACCAGCUGCUAGGCUGUGAUGAACUAUCCACGACAGAACAAAUUGUGGCAGAAUUUAAAGUCAAGGCUCUGACCUGCCAUCCUGACAAACAUCCACAGAAUCCAAAAGCAGUGGAGCAAUUUCAGAAACUGCAGCAGGCUAAAGAAACCCUAACCAAUGAAGAACGACGCACCCGCUAUGACCACUGGUGUCGUAGUAAGAUUGCAAUUCCAUUUCAUCAGUGGGAGGCUCUAAGUGAUGCUGUCAAAAUGACAAUGCACUGGGCAGUAAGAAGUAAGAAAGAGCCAAUGCUGGAAGCACCUGCUGCGGAUCCUGAUGAUUUUACCAAGAAGCAGGAAGAAAGAGAGUCUGCAAAAGAAGGGAAUGAUGGCUCAAGUGCCCACAUGCACCAAGCUGACAGGGAUGGAGUUGGAAUAAAAGAAACAAGAGCAACAAAUGAUGGUCAGCAUUCUGCAGAAAAUCCCAUCUCUCCACGGAGUAUCAACUUGGAUGACUGCCAUUACCAUUUCCGCUGGUCGGCAGACUCACCCUCAGAAUUGCUAAGGAAAUUCAGGAACUAUGAAAUUUGAUGCAGGCUUGUCAGGGAUUCUCAAUUUUACUCGGAUGUCUCUUGCCAGAUCAGUUUGUUCUUUGUACGUUGAAUGUCCAGUGGAAAGCUUUAUUUGUGAUAUAUUGUGUAUUUCCUUAACUCAAGAGAAGGUUAGAGAUGUUACUGCUAUUUCCUCUUGUACCUGUAAUUAAAUGUUCACUGUUCAGAUUACUAAUUUGUGUUGGUGUAAUGUUACUGUUGCUGAUGAUGCAACUUGUACCAGAUGUAACCUUAACUGUUUUGAGUCUUAUUGUAUUGUGUUUCAUUGAGAUUAUUACGUUUUAUUCUCCAAUUUCUGUAUUUAUGUAAUUUGUUUCUACAAAUUGUUGCUUGAAGGCAUUGCUUGCUUGAUUCAACCAUUGCAUAAAAUCUUUUAAUGAUAUUGUUGUGUUCAUCCACCACUGCCUCCAGCCAUCCAACCAUUUGAAGUCUGGAACUCCCUCUAUAAAUCUCCUUUUUAAAGCCCCAUUUUUAAAAUGCUAUUUGAAAGUCUUGCAACCAGCCAUUUGUUCACCUGUUCUAACGUCUCCUUUUGGAGGAGGAAUGGUGGUGUGUUAUGUAGGUUCAGAAUUUCUGCCAGUAAGUUUGGGGCAUGAAGUGGUUCCAGUUCUGGAAGUCAAGUGGGGGAAUGUGAACCGAGAGGGCACUGGGUGCCCCUCAACAUCCAGUGGUUGCAGUCUCUGAGCUGUUGGGAAGAGGAGGGGAACUGUGUGAUUCUAACCAGAGCAGCGUGUUUGUAAGUGGUUGGUCUGAUGGGAGAGACAACGCCAUAUAUUUCACCAACCACAGUUCUUCGUGCUUGGGGAAAACAAAUGAGCCAGGAUUAAAACUACACAAAUAGGUUAGAUCCGAUGCCAGCUUCUAAAAAAUAAUUAAUUGGUCAUCACGUUUUCUAUAAAUAUAGAUUGGCUAUGGUUUAGUAGAAACAGAACUACAGAUGCUGGUUUAUAUCUAAGAUAGACACAAAGUGCUGGAAUAACUUAGUGGGUUUCAGAUGUUUCAGGUGGCGUCCCUGAAAGUAGGAGGGGCGGAGGUGGGAGGAGAGCUGGAUCAAUCAGGGCCGACCACAACUGACCUCAGGAGGGAAGGGGAGUGUAAAUAGAAGUUACUUAAAAUUAGAGAGUUCAACGUUCAUACUACUGGAUUGUAAGCUACAAAAUAUGAGGUGCUGCACCUCCAAUUUGCCUGUGGAAGCGGAGACCCAGGACAGAAAGAUCAGUAUGUGAAUAGGAAGGGGUUGCAAUGAUUGGCAACCAGGAGAUCCCAUCGGACUAGGGGGACUGAGCGCAACUGUUAGGCAAAAUGGUUGCCGAGUCUGUGUUUGGUUCUUUCUGCAUAUGGUUAUGGGUUGGUUUUAAAUUUGUAACAUCUCUAUAAUCCCAAACCAACACUUUUAAAAUCCAUUCCUUUAUCUGAUCUCAGCUUUUGUCAGACAAUGUCUAAUGAGCCUCCUUUAAGUACAAAUAAGAGGUAUUGCAGAUCUUUUCCAGUUAACAAACAUCUACUUAAGGAAGGUACACAAAAAAAAAAAAAAAGCUGGAGAAACUCAGCGGGUGCAGCAGCAUCUAUGGAGCGAAGGAAAUGGGCAACGUUUCGGGCCAAAACCCUUCUUCAGACUGAGGAAUCUACUUAAGGAAUCUUUGCUAUAAAAAAAGAUUUCAUUUAUUUUCCAUUUGAUGACUAGACUGAGAGAAGCGUAUUUAAUUUCCUGUACUUUAUGAAUAUGUUGUUCACUGCAGCUAGUUUUGUCAAAACAGUUAUUAAAAAUUGUAAUAGA